ACAGCAAGCAACGACAGACGAAUAGUCAAAUUCUCGUAAAACACCAAAAAACUUGUGUAUUUUCAAUUUCACAAACUUAAAUCAAACUAUAACAAAAUGGUACGCCGUGGACGUUCUGCUAGCCCACCACCAUCAGCCAGACGCAGUGCACCCUCUCAUGCGCCCGCACCAUCCCAUGCCCCGGUGCCGGCCCGUGCCGCCCCACCACCAUCAGCUCCCAUGGCUGCGCCUCCCAGCGCCGUAGGUAUGCCAGCUGCUCCCCAGCAGCCCUCAAUGUUCCAGCAAAUGGCUGCCACCGCAGGUGGUGUCGCUGUUGGCUCCGCAAUUGGACACACUGUCGGACAUGGACUCACAUCGCUGUUCAGCGGCUCCGGUGACAAGGAAGCCGCUGCACCAGCCGCCGCGGCACCACAGCAACAGCAGCAGCAGCCGUAUUAUCCGCAGCAGACUCAACCCAAUGAGCCACAGGGCGCUUGUGCCUGGGAGAUUAAACAGUUCCUGCAGUGCGCUCAAGGUCAAUCCGAUCUGUCGCUGUGCGAGGGAUUCAAUGAGGCGUUGCGACAGUGCAAGGUGCAGCAUCAUCUCCAGUAGACAAAGAUAGCAACAGCAGCAAGCAAAAUAGAAACAACAAGAACAACAAUUUCAGCAUAGUAAACAACUACAACAACAGUUAUAAACAUUAUUUAAUGCAAUGGCAAUGGCGAAAGUGUUGAGCUUGAGUUUUGUUCGUUUUAGUUUUACAUCAAUUUUAUUGUUAAUAUCCACAAAUGAAAAUGUUAAUUUAGUGCAAAUGUUCAAUACAAAUGCAAGCAAUAAUUGCCGUUAACGUAACACUGGCUAAAAA